GCUGGGGACGCGGGGAAUCUGGCCGGAAAUCCCUCUUCCUGUUGCAGAUAAGCCUGGCGCAGCCUAGCUGACCCCUGGCCCUCCUUCCACCUCCCAUGUCGCAGGAUCAAGUCCCCAAGACGGAGAACCUGUCCACUCUGCCCAGCCCCCAUCACCUCAUAAACACUCCCGGCCCCUGUCCCCCGCCUUGCCCAGCCCGCUGUUCCCCAAGCCACUCCUGCACCAGGACAGCUCCAGAGGCUGCAUCCCUGAUGCCGGGGGGCGCGGCGCGGCUCCGCCCCCGGACCUGCAACUUGACCCAGGCUGCGACCCCUUGCUCUGACGUCUUGGAAAAUUCCCCCCUGCCCAGGUCCCGGGGGGAGGGGGUGCACGGUAUGAAAUGGGGCUGAGACCCCCGGUUGGGGACAGAGGAACCCGCUGGAGAUCAUUCCAAACGAGCGCCUAUGGACGUGUGGAGCUGCGAUGAGACCCCGCCACAGGAAGUGCCUGCAGGGAACAAGCUGGCAGGGCUGGAAGGAACCGAAUUUGGCUUCUAUUUCCCUGAACUAGAACUCCAAGCGGACACACCGACAAGCGAAACAUGCUGGAAAGGGUUCCCGGAGCUAAACUGGAGCCCCGCGUUACCACAUCCAGAAUAUGCAUGGGGAGCAGAUCUCGGCCCUCAGGCCCCUACGUGGUCCAGAGAUUGGACAGAUAUGGCGCAAAACGCCUCGGACCCUUGCAACCUCGUCUUUCAGACCCUGGAGCCGGCCCUCCCCGGCCCAGGCCACGCCCCCGACGCUGGUUCCGGAGGGGCGGCGGGCCAGAACAGUGCCACCUCGUGGUCUCACGCCCAGGCCGCCAGGAGCACGGCGAGCUGCGACUAUUCUGUCGUGCCCAACGGCGCCACCUACUGGGACAAUGGCUUCUACGGGGACCCUCGCGCGGACUAUACCAUGUCGUGGGGCGACCCUGCGGGUUCGGACCGUACCACCUCGUGGAGUCUCGGGCUGCAUGGAGAUUGCAGCCUCUCUUCGAACGGGUACCGGAGUUCAGCUCUCACCACCUCCUCCGAACCGAGGCCGCAGCCCGACCGUGCCACCUCGACUCGUUACCCCAAAACGAACCACCACCGAGGUCCCAUUCAGCUGUGGCAGUUUCUCCUGGAGCUACUGCACGACGGGGCGCGUAGCAGCUGCAUCCGCUGGACUGGCAACAGCCGCGAGUUCCAGCUGUGCGACCCCAAAGAGGUGGCGCGGCUGUGGGGCGAGCGCAAGAGGAAGCCGGGCAUGAAUUACGAGAAGCUGAGCCGGGGUCUGCGUUACUACUACCGCCGCGACAUCGUGCAAAAGAGCGGUGGGCGCAAGUACACGUACCGCUUCGGGGGCCGCGUGCCUGGUUUGGCCUGUUCGGACUGAUCGAGGGUCGGGCAGGGAGCAGAGACCCAAUAAAAUAUCCUGCCAAACUGUCA